AUGAAUAAGACCAAAUUGAUAAGCGCAAAAGAAGUUUCUGAAGUCGUUAGUUGGUAUACUCAUGCCUGUGCUGGAAGUAUGCAAGGACGUCGAUCCACUGAUGAGGAUGCAACAGUCAUAUUAGCAUCUCUCAAAAAUUUCGAAUCAUGCAGGCAUGUAGGAAAAGACACAGCUUUAUUUUGCGCUCGAAAUGCAGCCAAUUUUAUAGGCAACUGCAAAUCUUUAGACAUUGAGAACAUAACAAAAGCGUGCAUUCAAAUGGAUAGAGAAAUUUUACAGAGUAGCUUUUCCAACAGUGGUUCAACAGCAAUAAUUGCGAUCAUUGAGAAAAUUCAUGGAAGCGAUAUGUUUAAACUUUAUAUUUGUAAUUUAGGGGAUUCUAGAGCAAUGCUAAUAAAAAAUGAUGGGUCGUUUAUUUCUUUAAGCGAAGACCAUAAGCCUUAUAAUGUAAAAGAAAGGGAAAGAAUAGAUAAAACUGGCGGAUUUGUUGCGAAUGGAAGGGUACUUGGGUAUAUUGGUGUUUCAAGAUCAUUUGGAGACAAAAAUUAUAAAAAAAAUUUAAUUGCCCCAGAGAAUAUUCAUGAAACUAUGAUGACAUGUGUGCCUGACAUAAGAAUAUAUUAUGGAAAUGUAGGUGAUAUAUUAUUUUUAGGUUGUGAUGGUGUAUUUGAAAUGCUUUCUUGGAAUGAUGUAGCAAAAUUCAGUUAUGAAAGUGUAAAUAAAUAUGCAUUAAGUGACGCAGUAAUUAAUAUUUUAGACUAUGCGCUAUUAUCUGGGUCGAAAGAUAAUAUAACAAUUCAAAUUGUUAAAUUUUUUAAUGAUAAAAAGGACAUUUUUUAUUUUAGAGAAAAAAUAAUCCCAGGUAUUUAUAUACCUAAUGAACAGAUAUCAAAAUAUGAAUUUUAUGAAAAUUUUUUGAAUAAAUAUCAUAUAAAGAACAAGUGUAUUAUUAACACAUUAAUGGCAAACUGCAGUGAAGUUAAUCAAAAAUAUUGUUACAUUGGACCAUAUUUAAAAAAAAUACGAGAAAACAAAAGUACACACAUUAUAUUAAACAGGAGAUAUAAAAAAAAUAUAAAAAAUUUAACUAUACCUAUCCUGCAUGAGGAUUUUAUUCGAAGUAACGUUUUUAAUAAAAUGGAUCAAAUUGGUUUUUAUAGAAUGAGAGAUUUCUUUAGAGAAUAUGAUAAAAAUCAAAAGAUGUCCAGCUAUUGA